AUGGAAUUAAAAGCUGAAGGAAUCAGCACCGAAACGCAAACAAACAAGCACUCGCGAGCGCUGGAAAAACACUUGGGCCAAUGCCGGUUUAAAGGCGCACAUGAUUUAAACGCGGUGCGUGGCGAGACCCGCCGAAUUGUCAUUGUGUCGAUUUACGGCGAAUUUUUUCAAGUCAACAGCAAAUUUAGUUUUCUUUUACAAAUUACAAUUCUUAAAAAUUUGGGGAUCUGCAAAACAUCGUAACAUUUUUUUUCUAAAAGUCGAUAUUUGCAGAAAAUGUCUGCCGCUCACAAAAAUCUUCUGGCGCUCUGGUCUCAGGAGCCAAAGAACAUUGCUUCAAUUGAGAAGGCUCUCAACGAUUUACAGGUGCCAAUUUUGAUAGAGUAGAAAAACUAUUAUUUAGUAAUUUUCAGAUUGCUCUCGGUGGUCGCAGUGAUUUGAAUGACAAGCAAGCGGCGUGUGCAUCGAAGUAAAACAACGCCAAAAAAAUUUGAAGUAUGUAUUUUUUCAGAGACUUGUACGAAAUUUCGGUGCUUUUGGCUAUUCUGAAGCACGACUUCGACACUUUCGACGACUUUAUUAAUCAGGUUAGCGAGCAACUGAAUUUGAAAGUUAAUUUUUAUCAAUCCAGGUACUGACGUUCUACACGAUGGUGCCAGAGCAUUCGGAGAACAAGUAUCUGAUGACUGGGCUGCACCUCAUGUUUCUUCUUGCCAGAAACCGACUCUCCGACUUCCACAUGCUGCUCGAGCAAGUGCCUCAACGCGAGCAGACCUCGAACGCCUACAUUUCUACUCCGGUCCGUAUCGAGCAGAGUCUGAUGGAAGGCGCCUACAAUAAGGUCGUUUUGACCGAGAAGAACAUCCCAAAUCCUUUCUACUCUGUCUUAUUCGCAUCAUGCUCGACACGAUCCGCCGUGAGAUCGCCUCGUCCAUCGAGAAGUCGUUCAAAGUGUUGACGGCGAAGGACGCCACUGUCAUGCUGCUUUUCGAGAACGACAAGCAGAUGCUCAAGUACGCUGAAGACGUGAGUUGAAGAAAACAUUGAUAUUCAGUAACUUAUUUUAUUCAGAGAAAGUGGCAUCUGGACGGUGAGCGCUUCGUUUUCGAGGUCGAAGUGGCUCAAGAGAAACCUGUGAAUCUGGACACAGUGCGAAUCGCCACGCAAACUAUUUUCUACGCUAAACAACUCGAGCAGAUCGUCUAA